AUAGCCUGAGUGGUCCAAACUCUAUCACUACACUCUACACAUCUACAUUGUGGGGUACAGUAUACAUAAUACAGUUUCACUAGGUCUUAUUCAAUUAAAUAAAAAUAAUUUCCACUUCCACGUUUAGUCUGUUCUAAUUCGAAUGUUUUCAUAUGUAAGUGCAAGGGUAGGAGACGUAGACGUAGUGUUAGCGCAGCCGCAAGUUCAAAAUAGGUAGGCGUUCAGCUAAUCCUGCCUUACUUACACUUACUGGCCUUACUUACUCUUUCUUACCAGUUUUCAAGUAUUUACACCUUUUACUUUUUUAAAACUUACAACACAAUAACUCAAAAUUAAUUAUUAUUAUAUAUUAACUUUUAUUAUUUAUUAAUACAAGUUUGACAAUUCUACUUAUAAUAUAACUUAUUAAUUAAGAUUAAUAAACUUAAUCUGAAUCUAAAUAAUUUAUUUUGCAGGAAAUAAAAUGGAAUUGAUCUUUUCCCUCUGACUCUGAUUCAGCAAUAAAGUUUAAUAAACAAUUUCAUUGUAAUAUACAUGUCAUGUAGUUCCCAUAAUAUGGCCAUAUUCAUAUUAUUAUAUUUGCAUGCCAUAUGGUGUGGUCAUAUAAUAUAUAUAGGCCUAUAUAUACGUAUUCCUUAAGUACAAUUUUAACUUGGAGUUACCUUAAGAGGGGGAAAAAAUGUUUUCUUAGUUUAAACGUUUAAUUUAAGUUUCAUUCAUUUGAGUCUAAACUUGCUAACAAAGACUAUGGCAAAUUCAUGUUAAAAGUGCUCAAGAGUCAUUGGAUUUUAUUUUUAUGGAAUCUAUAUUUGCACUCUUUUACAAAUUCCAGAAUAAACUGAAAUAAAUUUUCCGAUGGCGGGGCGACUUUCUGUAUAUCAAGUUGCAAAAAUUGUAAGACUGAAUGUUUUACCAGGUUCAUCUACUCAAAAGGGAAAGAAAGGUCAUCAAGGUUUUUAACAUGUAUCAGUACAAAUAAUGUUUUUUGAAGAAAAUGUUUGGUCUAUAAAUGUUUUGCUUAUCUUAGUAAAUAAAAUAACAUUGCAAAAUAGCUAUGUUGUUGUAGGUUAGUAACUGUUGUUUUUUUAAAUCAUAAAAAUAAAACAUUCAUUCAUAAGCCCAAAAAUCUUUUCACCAGCUACAUCAUUUUUUAAAAACCAGAAAGCUGCAACUGUCAGCAUACCAUGGCCUUCAAGUGUAAUAUAUGGGCUUCAUCAGGCUUAUUCUACUGUGGCUGAAAAGGUAAAAAAAAUAUAAUAAAUAUUUUAGUUUAUUGUUGGCUGUAGUAGAGAACUAGUCUAUAUUGUAAUUUAAUUCAAAUUUUAUGAAACGUUUUAAAUUAACUUGACACGUGUCUUUUAUCAAAUGUAAAUUAUAUUUCUUUUCAGCCCAAAUUGAUGGAAAAUGUUACUUCGGCAUGUCUUCAUAAUAGUGGUAAAACUUGCUUUGUGGUCUGGAAGGAUGGAUUUCAUACAGAGUAAAUUUAUUAUUGACAUUUUCAAAACUAUUUGCUAUUUGUACAAUUAAUGCGAUGCAUAAAAAAUACACUUUCCAAUGACCACAGAGUGGAAAAAACACCUACUCUUGUAGAUAUUAGCAAGCAAAAUGUUCUAAUAUGCUUAAUCUGAUUACCAUUUAGACCACUUUUUCAUUGUCUGUCAAAUUAUUUUAUUAUGAAAUAAUAACUAAUUCUUUGCAAUUAUGGCAAUAUUUGAAUUUGUAAUUGAUUUUUUACCCUUUAUAUGCUAGGUUUCAUAGUGUUUGGUUGAGACAAAACUGUCAUUGUGAGAUGUGUAGACAUGAAAAUGGACAGAGGGUUUUGAACCCAGCCAACAUUCCCACAAGUAGUUUAAUGCAGAAUUUAUUUCUUGAAGGUGAAAACGUUUUUACAAGUUUUUAAGCAGGAAUGAAAAAUUAUUCUUUUAUCCUUUACAUAAAUCAUACUAAAUAUUUAAACAUAAAGGUAUCUUAAACUAUGGAUUUUUCAAGUCUGUGAUGCUUUUAAGUUUUUGAAAAAUCUGUAAGUUCUCUAUCAGUUUAUCUAUGGUUAAAAAAAAAAUUUAAUCUAAGACUACUUUUUGUAAAUUAAAUUUUUGAACAUAUCGUUUUUCUGCUAUAUCAGGAACUAAACUUAAAGUGACAUGGUCUGGAGCUUAUGGUAAUCAUGAAGGCUACAUACCAUUGAGUUUCCUAAGAGAACACAACUACAGUCAGGAAUCUAUACUAGCGAGAAGAAAAGCUGUUAAAUGUGAAAAAACAUGUUCAGUAAAGACAAUAUUACUUACAUAAUCUUCAUCUGGUGAAAUAUUUGUUUUUCAAUCUGAUGCUGCAGAACUAUAAGCUUAUAAAAAUUUUUUAUAUAAAUUUAAAAGAAGCAAGGCAAUACAUGCAAUCUUCUGUCACAUAACAUUAUCUGAACAUGUAAAUUAAAAUAUAAGCUGAUAGUUUUUUUUUUGGGUACUUUAGCUUUAAACUUUAAAUAAAAUUAAUUGUUAAGAAUCUAUAGUAAAUUAUUAAGUGUAGUAAAUUUAUUAUCACAUGUUGUAUUCAUAUUUAAGUUUAUGUCAAUCAGUUUUAUAAAUCCUCUAUUCAAAGGUUACGAUGCUUCAAUUUGGGUAUUAUAAAAUAUAUUUAUUAAAAUGACUACAGAUGAUAAAUUAAUUGCCUACCAUAGUUUUUUGCAAGGAAAUGGAAUGCAAUAAAGUUUACUUCUUUAAAAACUAGUGCUUCUUUUCAUUUUUGUUUUUCUCAAAGAAAAUUCCAACCAUUACUUUUGAAGAAAUAAAGCAGUCUAAAGAUGGACUUUUAAAGUAAGUUUUUUUUCCUUCACAUUUCUUUUUAAGUAAAUUUCUUUAUUUUAACAUUUUAUUAAAUAGCUAUCUUGAUGUAAUUGGAGGGCAGGCAUAUUUUAAGUUUUUAAUCCUUCUAAUUAAUGCAGAUGGCUUUAUCAAAUCAAUGAAGAGGGACUCAGCAUUGUAAAUGGUGUGCCAACUGAAGAAUCCAUGGUACAAGAGGUAAAAGACAAAUUUUUUAUGAUAUUACUUUCACAGUUAUUGGUCAAAAUAAUUAAAUGGCCAUACAUACAUGCCAACCUAUAUGGUUUACCUAUACUUUUUUUUUUUUACAUUUUAUGUAUGUUUGUGAAGUUGUAAGACCAUGCAGGCUUUUGUACAGUUUUUAACAGGAUGUAGAACAGAAAUAUUUUUGCACAUGAAACACAUUCAAAACUGGUGGUGGAAUAAAUGCAACAUUGGAAACGAGAAGCUUACAACAAGAAGCUUACAUCCUAUUGGUCUGUUCAAAAUGACUUAAUUGAGGAUCGUUAGACCAUGUAAAUUUAGAGACAGCGCUAUUUCAUUGAUGUUAUUCGUUAAUAAAAAGACAGCAAAGUAUGUUAGAAAUUACAUUGAGUAGUAAAACAUAAUUACAAAUCCAAGUGUGUAAUUCAUAAUAAGAACUGCAGUGUUAGUUAGUGUUCUUUUAAUUUAUAUUAAUAUUAAUUCAAUAUAUUUUAUAUUGCUGUGCAUUAAUGACUCUCAUGUGGAGGCGUUGACCUCCCAUCGGGCACCUAAACCAUUUGGCAGUUUGGGGAACGCCAGCCAGGUAUGCCGGUUACUGCGGAAAUAAAAUGCACAGGCGGACCAAAGCCAGGAACUGGUACCUUGCAGUUAGCAAAGGGAUUUACAAAGGCUAGGAACAUGACCCAAAAAAAAGGCAGCUACCCUGAGAAUUAUAAAGGACAUCCCCUCAGACAGUUUCUGUGACGUAAAAAAUCUUGAGGUAAAUGAAGCUAAGACAAUGUAUAUGGUAAAAUCAUGAAAGACACAUACUGUGACAACAUCAAAACAGGCAACAUAACAUUUGAGAGUGGAUACUUUCAAAUAUCUAGGGGCUACUAUACACGAGCAUAAUGAAAUAGUGACAGAGGUAAAAGAAGGGAUAACAGCAGGCAAUCGUUCUUAAUUCAGCCUAUGAAAGCUACCAGGAAGAAAAAAUCUCUCAAGGAGAACCAAAAAAAAAACAUAUACACCAGUAUCAUAAGAAAAGUUGUACUUUACACAGACGAGACUUCCUUAGCAAAGAAAGCAGAGAACCUUGUGCAUGAUUUCCUCAUCAACACCAGUAACAGAAACAUUGCAAAUCCAAUCUACAUGCAUAGGAGCCAAAAUGAUCAAUAAAUUGAUCGUGGGCCCUUAAGAUAUAGAAGAAGAAUACAUUGGAGAGAAAAAUCCUCAGGAAAAUAUAAUGUCUGAUGACAGACAAUGAUGGAUGGAGAAUUUGUACAAACCAAGAGAUAUAUCAAUUGUUUGAAGACCCAUCCAUUGUGGAAACAAUUUAAAAAAGCAGACUGUCCUGGAUAGGGCACCUUGAGAGGAUGCCAGAUUGUAGAGCAUGAAAAGUGAUUCGACAGGUAGAAACAAAGGGGCAGAGGGCUCACUGGUUAACCCAGACUGACAUUAUUGAACAAUGUAGAGGAGGAUUUACAUCAACUGGGGGUCUGAAGAUGGAAGCAGAAAGCGAUGGUUGGAUCCAAAUGGAAGGAUGUGGUGGAGCAGGCCAAGGCCCUACAUGGGCUGGCGCCACUGAUGAUACUAUCAAUGACUAGCAGUUUCAGUCAUUAUUCCAAAAAAUAUGUUAUAAGUUGAUGGUAAACUCAGCAACUUUGUCAAGACAGACAAACUUUACAUUAAUUCAUUAUUAAUUUAAAUACAGGAAGUGGAAGGAAUCUGUAUUACUGCAGCUAGCAUAAUUAAACGAAGAAUUUUGUCUAAUUACAUCUAAAUUAAUAUCAAAUUCAUCAACUGUCCAUUUGUAAUACAUUUGCUAUAGACGAGUGUAAAAAAACUCAAAAUGUGACAAAAACUAGACUUAUAACAAGCUAUUUCGUUUAAAGGAGACGAUGUAGCCAUUUAUUAAUGAUUUAAACAUGCUUUUUUUAAAUGUGCCCACAGUGAAAGGAGGACUACUCAUUUUUUAUUCGUGCAUUCAAAACAUUGAUGAAAAAAUUAUAAUAAAUAUUUUUUUUUUCUUUUUUCUGUACAGUUUUUCAUGCUGUUGUACAGUUUUUUGUUACUUUUGUAUUUUUUUUUUAAUCCCACAGGUUGUCAUGUAUGGCCAAUAUAUGUAGCAUUGGAUACAAUAAAUAGAAUCUAUGCUUAUUUUAAUCACAAACCACACCCUGAUUUUUCUUUUUUUACCACUAUUUAAGAGUCUUUUUUGCAAGUGCAAAAGAGAAACAUCUAUGAUUCUGCUCUAAUUUGUAACAUAGUUAAUUAUUUUGUUUAACUAAUAGUUUUUUUGUGUGGCUAAAUGACAUUUUUUAAAAAUAUGACUUCACUAGCAAAAUUAAAAAUCUCGUAAUUAUAGCUUUAUAUUCCAUAAUAAUGUUCAGGUUGCUGAGCUAAUUGGGCCAGUUGAAGUUACAAUUUAUGGAAAUGUAAGUUAUGUUCCCUGCUCUAAACAAUUUAAGAAAGUUGAUUUCAAUUUUAAAUGUUCAAUAUCAAUACUUUUAAUUUAAUUAAUUAAGAAUUCUCAUUCAGUUAACAAAUCUCUUAGGAAUCCAUCUUUGACUAUUUUAGAGAAAAUCUUGGAUAAGUUAAAUGGGGCAGUAAAUUAAAAGAUUUUAAAAAUAUGUCUACUCCUUACAGUUGAAAUGGAAGACAUAAAGUAUUCUCAAAUGCAAAAACCAGUCAGUAUAAGUUUUAAAACCCCUCUUCCAUAAUGGCAACAUUGACUUAUAAUAGUGAUUUUUUUAUUUUAUAACUGCACACACCAAUAAAUUGUGACAGAUUGGGGAACAAAUGAGUUUCUAUAUCUUUAAUUCCUUACUUUGAAGGAAAGAAUUCAUUCCUGAUAAUCGAGUUGAUCUUAAGUAACUGUAUUGGGUGGGAUUAAUCCCCCAAAUUUCUUUUACAUUUUACAAGUGGAUCUUGCUUUAUAUAAAUUCUUCAAGCAAUGGUAGUUUCGUUUGAGUGCUAUUACUCACCUACUCCAUAAGUCUAUUUAAUGUUUUGGGUGAGAUACAAUGAAUUAGAUCUACCACACGAGCAGUGUGAUGGGGAUGCAAUAUUAUAUAGUUGCUUGUUAAAGAAUCAUCACUAAAUCUCCCAUUUAAAGAUAUGUUCAUUCCUCUCAGACAUUUGAUGUAUUGGUGACCCCAGACCCAAUCAAUGUGGCAUAUUCUAGUGUCGGGCUUGAUUUACACAUGGACUUGGCCUACUAUGAAUCUCCACCUGGUCUACAAUUACUACAUUGUCUUAAGUAAAUUUUCAUACAUAUAUUAUAGAAUCAAAAAGAUAAACUACGGUUCAUUUUGAUAUAUAAAGCAUUGUAAAUUUUCUUCAUUCUUCUAUGAAUUUGAUUUUUUCAAAUACUGUCUGAGAAUUUAACUUAGGGCCAUCAUAUGUUGUAAAACCUGGCCUCCAUGAAUGACACCACCCAAUUGUGGCAGAUUUUUUUACAUAAAUUAGACACUUAUAUCACACAUGGUCACACAUUUGUGACACCCCAUCCCUCCCCAUCUGGACAUGUGACAUCAUUUAUGGAUGGUCCUAAAUCUUCAAAGAUAUUAGAUUUUCAAACUUUUUUAAGGAUACACUUUAUUUUGUUUCUUGUCAUAAAUUGAAUAGAUAAAAUUUGUAUUAAUUUAUGUACACCAAAAAAUGCAAUAAUACUAAAGAUUUAAAUUAAAACUAUUUUUCUCACAGAUUUGAUGCUUGUGUGGAAGGAGGAGAAAGCACAUUUUUGGAUGCUUUUGCUUUGGUGGAUCAAUUUAGAAUAAAUUAUCCAGAUCUUUUUAAAUCUUUGACAGAAAUACCAGCAACAUUCCAAAAAGUCCAUUAUAAACGGUCAGCUUGAAUACAAAAAUUGUUUACACAGUUGACAGAAUAUUAGAAAAUCUAUAAUAUUUCAAGAGGAUUUUGUAAUAAUGGAAACAAUAAUGUUAUUAAAAAGAGAUUAUUUCCAUUUUUUAAAGAUUUUUUUAAUGCAUGUAAGCUAAUAUAGGCAUUUUUUUUAUCAAUAACCCUAGUGAUAACCCAGUCCACAUUGUCAAUCAGAAGCCGCAUAUAAGGCUUAACCAUUUGGGAGAGGUAAUAUUUUACCCAUUUUUUUCCCCUAACAUUUAUAAAUAAAUAGCAUGUCAUUAAAAAAAAAAAAAAAUUAUCAUUAAAUAUUCUUUUACAAGAAAUUUUGAAUAGCUAAAUUCUUGUUUAGAUUGUUCAAUCAUUUUAAAAAAAAAGAUAUCCUGUGCAAGUUAUGAAAGAACAUUUCAUAAUGAGAGUAAAUAAAAUCUUUAUCAGGUAGUUGCUGUUUACUGGGCAACACCAUUUGAAGGACCUCUAUCUGUUGAUGAGGUAAAAAUAUUAACUCAUAGUCUAUUGCACAAUAUCAGAAUUGGGGGCAUGGCAAACCAUCAUAAGAAAUAAAUUAAAGUUAAAGUUGAGAAUUUUACGAAACUAUUCUUUUAAGUCAAGAAACACCUUCAUCAAUUUUUUGUGUCUUUUUACAGAAUGAAGUAAUGCGUUACUACUUGGCUUAUGAGAUGUUUGCAAAAAUGAUAAGAGACUCACCAAAUCUAGUAAUUAUUAUAUUUGUAUCUAAAAAAAAAUAUUUAAAAAAAGUUUCUCAAUCCUUUGUUACAAAUUUCAUGUUAUUCCAUAAAAAAACAUAGAAGCUAAAUUGAGGUUUUACUUUUGCCUUUUAUUAGUUUGUGCAACCACAAAAAAGGUUGAUAAAACUUUAAAAAAUCACAGUUGUUAAAUCGUAACUGAGCAAGAAACUAUGAAGUGACCCUUUGUGUUAUUAAAAGUUAUAAAAAAAUGUGCUACUUGUUUCAUCCAUCUGAAGCUUGCAACUUAAUAUAUUAACGUCCCUGUGAUGAUUCUUUCCUAUCCAGUUACAACACAGAUUGCAGCCAGGAGAGCUUGUAGUCUUCAACAACCAGAGAAUGCUUCAUGGUCGCCAAGGGUUUCAAAUCAAUGGAGGCUCCAGGCAUCUCAAGGUAAAUUCAAAUUUAUUUACUCUUUGGUUAAUUUUAUCAUUCAAAGAGCUUAGUGUUUUAAUCAUGUUUCCAUUCUUCCUUGAAGUUCAUUGUUCAGACUUCAGUACCUUUCUUUUUACUUAACUUCUUUGUACAUGUAUGCUUGCUUUCAAUUAUGUACACCAAGGCAUCAUCUGAUCCUGCUUCUAAAUGAAUUUGUACUCUUUGCAGUAAUAAACUUAAGCACUAAAUUAAAUAGACUAAUAAAUGUGUGCUCUUUUAAUCAUAGAAAAAAUAAGAAUGUAUGUUGCCAAGUACUUUGUGAAGUUUAUGUACAUGUCAUAAACUCUGGAAUUUGAGUGCUGCACUACACUAGCUGAGAAACAUGUUUUUUAGGAUGAAUACAUUGUUCUCUCCUGUGUAAUUAAUUGUGUCAUUAUACUUUUCCCUCCCUUUUUAUGACCGAAAAUAAAAACAUGCCUAUGUUGUAUCAAAUUUUGAUUACUUUAAGGGUUGCUACAUUAACAUAGACAUCUUCAAAAGCAAGACACAAGUUUACAACAACCUAUUCGGAGAUGGGCGCCGGGCCAAAAGGGUUGGAAAUCAGUGCUGGUUUUGACAGCGUGCAUUUACUUAAAAUGAAUCAUUUAAAAAGUGUACAACUAACAAUCAAAACAUUUAUGAAGCUAAAUUUAUUAAAUUAAUGCAUGCCUAAAGAUUUUUGUCUAGAAAUUUUAUUGGCUUUUUACAGGAUGAUCUCAUGGGCACAUACUUUUAAACUAUAUGUCCUUAGAAAAUUGUAGCUUUUUUAUAGCAUUUACCUAGAAAAAAUAUGUGAUUAAUAAAAUAUAUAUUUGUUCCAAUGUAAUUUCAAAACUCCAAGACCGUAUGAAUUUCUUCAAAACACUGUGUGUAACUGUAUUUGAAGAUUUUAUAAUUUUUUAAUAUUUAUUCUUGAAACAAAAAAUGACAGAGAAUUUAAGAAAUCAACUUUUCCUUAAUUGCUUUUUUAUAAUUGUUGUUGAAAAACUCAACUUUUUUUCUUUCCAAAUGCUUUGUAGUCCUAUAUUUUCAGCAAUAGUAUGAGGGUUCUUAAUAAUAUUAGUUCUUAACAACUGACAAAAGUUUGAAUGUUUAUGUAAAAAUUGAGACAUUUAAAAAAAAAAUUAUUAUUAUUUAUUUUUAAACACAAAUCUCAGAAAUAUGAUGUAGUUAUUCAAUGUUGAGAAUGCAAUACAAAAAAGUCAAAGCCAAAAUGAAAACACAUUUAUCUGGUUCAUGAUUUUAUUCCUUAUAGGCUGCAUCAUUAUAUUGUCACAUUGUGUGCCUGCUUAGUUCAUUAACUUCAAGUUCAAAAAAUUGCACUGUGAAAACACUAGAAUUAUUUACAAAGACAAUAUUACUGAUGAUAUUUUUUCCAUAUAAGUCAAUAAUAAAUAAAAAGCACAGGGAAAGCAUUAUUGUAUGAUCAUUUGAAAUCCAACAGUGGUGUACCUUACAUAAGAAAUAAAAUGAAGUCUUAUACUUUGUGUAUUGUAUCAUUCCUUGACAUAUUUACUUUUUAAUGAUUAAAAUGUAACACUAGAUAUGAAAUGAAAAUCUUUUAACCCAUCUAAAUUUCAGAAAUCACCUAUUAU